AUGAAGACUUACAUUUUGAGAGCGUGGUUUAUGCUCGUGCCAGCAGUGUGGCUGAACACAGCUGAGGAUUUCCAGUGGACAAAGAAUAAUCCAGGCUCUUUCUAUUAUGGCACUUUUCCAGCUGGUUUUUUAUGGGGUGUUGGAAGUUCUGCAUAUCAGACUGAAGGGGCCUGGGACAAGGAUGGGAAAGGGCCGAGUAUCUGGGAUGCUUUUACACACAAGAAAGGGAAAGUCUUUGGGAAUGAAACGGGAGAUUCAGCUUGCGACGGCUACUACAAAGUUCAGGAUGACAUUCAGUUACUGAAGGAGCUGAAAGUGAAUCACUAUCUGUUCUCUAUCUCCUGGCCUCGGAUUAUGCCCACUGGCAUCAAAACAGAGCAACUGAAUGAGAAGGGGAUCCAGUUCUACAAUGAUACAAUUAAUACUCUUCUGGAAAACAAUAUCAUCCCAAUCGUGAGCCUCUACCACUGGGACCUUCCACAGGUUCUCCAGGAAAAGUAUGGUGGCUGGCAAAAUGUAAGCAUGGUCCAUUACUUUAAUGAUUAUGCAAAUCUGUGUUUUGAGAAGUUUGGCGACCGCGUGAAACACUGGAUAACCUUCAGCAACCCUUGGGCAGUUGCUGAAAUGGGUUACGAAAGGGGAGAACACGCGCCAGGACUGAAGCUGGGUGGACGUGGAGCAUACAAAGCAGCACACCAUAUCAUCAAAACCCACGCAAAGGUAUGGCACUCUUACAACAGCACGUGGCGCAGCGAGCAGCAAGGUAUGGUUGGAAUUUCCCUAACUAGUGGCUGGGGUGAACCUGUUGACCCACACAGCCAAACAGACAGAGAAGCUGCUGAGAGGUACAUACAGUUUCAUUUGGGAUGGUUUGCAAAUCCCAUCUACAGAGGAGACUACCCAGAGGUCAUGAAGAACUACAUAGGUAUGAAAAGUGCUCAGCAGGGCCUGGGGACAUCAAGGUUACCAAGAUUCUCAGUGCAAGAGAAAAGCUACAUCAAAGGCACAUCAGAUUUCCUGGGAAUAGGUCAUUUCACUACUCGUUACAUACUACAGAGGAGCUUCCCCUUUCUACAAGUGUCCAGUUACCACACUGACCAGGAUUUAGCUGAACUGGUGGACCCUGAGUGGCCAGCUCCAGGACCUAAGUGGCUAUAUUCUGUGCCUUGGGGAUUCAGAAGAUUGCUCAACUUCAUUAAGACACAGUAUGGGAACCCUCUCAUUUAUGUGACACAGAACGGCGUUUCUGACAAGGCUCGGUGCUCUCAGCUGUGUGAUGACUGGCGGAUAGAGUAUCUGAAAGGAUAUCUUAAUGAAAUGCUGAAAGCUCUAAAGGAUGGUGUUAACAUCAAAGGUUACACUGCCUGGUCACUGCUGGAUACAUUUGAAUGGAACAAAGGCUUCUCAGAAAGAUUUGGAUUUUACCACACUGAUUUUCAGAACAAGAACAAGCCCCGAUACCCAAAGGCUUCUGUUGACUACUACAAGAAGAUCAUUAGUGCAAAUGGAUUCCCAAAUCCAAGAGAGGUGAAACACUGGUAUCAGGCGGCCAUGGACACUUGCUCUACCACACACCAGCUCCUUACUGCAGAUUCCCAGGUUGCUCACGUGGAAAUGGUGACAGAGAUUGUUCUUCCUGCAGUCUUCACACUCUGCAUGCUCAUCAGUAUUGGCCUACUAAUAUCCCACCUUCGAAACCACCGUUAA